AUGAAUGCAGCAAAUUCUGGAGAUGAUACCGUUAUUGAAAAGGCUAUUGAAUUAGGAACGAAUUUUUUCAAAAAUGAGAACUAUCAAGACGCUAGAAAACUAUUUGAAAAAGCUGUUAAAUUAGUUAGAAGUUAUGAACAACCGCGGAUUAUACAGCUUCGUAUUGCAGCAAAUUUACCUAUCACUCCAUUAAAUUCAGAUGGCAAGCUCUACCACCCUAGAUACAUUAAAUUACUGGAUAACCUAGCAGCUUGCUGGGAGAAGGUUGGUGAAGUUAGCAAAGCUAUCAGGGUAUCCAAAAAGAUGAUUGAGAGUGAACCUUAUAACAUGAAAGGGUAUAUUCGAUCAGCGAGACUCUGGUUAAAGAUGAGAGAUGAAAAGAUGGCCUACAUUGUUUACAAAAAUGCUAUUUUAAAGGCUAAAGAGGGGCGUCAGCAGCGUAAUAUAUCAUAUCAUAAAGAUACCCUCACUUUCAUAUACGAUCAACGGCAGCUUUUGAGAAAUAAGCUUGAUGCAGAUCAAACGAAACUUAAAGAAAAUUCAGAAUAUUCUAAGAACCCCUUGAAGAGAAUUGUUAUUGAUCCAAUAGAGGAAUAUUCUGAGCUCAAUAAGAAGAAAGCAAAGUUAUCGAUUUUAGCAACUCAGCAAACAUCUACAGCUUCCAAUAAUGAAACAAAAAGUCUGGAUUUUUUACUAUUGUUCCCGUCUGAAAUAUCUGUCAAGAUACUGAAAUAUCUCCCAGCAAAAGAUUUAUUAUCAUUUUCCACGGUUUCGCGAUAUUGGAAUUUGUUUAUUACAUUAAAUUCCCAAUUAUUUACGACUUUAAACCUAAAUUCUGUGAGACUACGACAAAUCACUAUGUUUUGUAAAUUUUUUAAUAAAUUGAAACUUACUGAAAGGGACUUUAUAGAAGGAAGGAGAAAAUUGGUACUUGACUCUGUUAAACUAUCCGCUAAAGCAACGUCGGAAGAAAAGAAAAUUUUACAAACCUUUAUUAAUUAUUCCCAAUGGUUUUCUAUUAAAAAAUUGGUAUUAUCUUUUCCUAAUCUAACAACUACGGAUUUUUAUAAAUAUAUGAAAGAAAAUCCAGCACUUUUUGAUAAUGUUAGCCAAUUAUCGUUAUUAUCUGCGUUGAGAGUUGAUAGAUUCGAUGAAAUAGCGUAUUUAUCGCUGUUUCCUAAAUUAUGGAAGCUUGAGUUGUUAAUAAACAAGGCGGUUGAGCCAAUAGAUGCAGGUUUUUCGUCAGCUAAUUCUUUCCACCUUCCAAGAAAUUGGGGAAAGAGUUUAGAAUCAAUAGUCAUGUGCUAUAAGGUUCGGAAAAUGAAUAACCCUUCUCUAUUCAUAGAAAUAGUUAAAUGUAAUCUGGCCUCUUUGAGGAAGAUUUGUCUUACAGGUAUUGAGUUUCAACCUUCGGAAACUCAAUUUGAUUGGCUUGAAUCUUUAGUAACCUUAGAAGAGCUAUGGAUUGAAAAUAAUAAUAAUUGCAGACUACAAUAUUUUUUACAAUAUAUUUCAAGAAAAUUUAUUUUUAAAAAUUUAUUAAAAUUAACAAUUCGUGAAAAUCAUAUAUAUCCUCCCAUAACAUUAGCUACAUUGUUUAACUCAGAAAAUCCAGGAUAUCCUUCUCAAAACGAUACAAUGUGCAUGAAGGAAAAUCUGAAAGCUUUAAAGCACAUUGACUUCAUGAAUACUUCGAUUAGUGGCGAAAUAGUUCGUUUUAUUAAUAGUUUGUUAGAAACUCACUUAAUUGAAUAUCUUAAUAUUGGCAAAUGUAUCAAACUAGGAGAAAAUGCAUUGCAUACACAGGAACGAUUAGUAUUCCCCAACUUAAUUGAAUAUAUGCUUCCAAUUAGUCAUCUUACAUUCAAUUCUGAUUCAUUUGUCACAGACACUACCAUGAGAUUAUUUGGAGAACAAGCAGCUUUCUUGAAUGAACUUCAAGUUUUAGAUCUAUCACAUAAUGGAUACCUAACAGGGGUUGGUGUUUAUGAUUUUUUAAAAGCAAUGUACAACGAAUUUCAAAGACCUUUUAAGCAUUUAAUAGUUAAUGGUUGUCCAAAAAUAUCACAUGAGACAAUUAAUUCUUUGAAGGGGAAUAAAUUUGUUGAGAAAAUCGAAUGUAAUUAUGACCUGGAAAAAUGGGAAGUAUUUGGAAAAAAUUCUUUUAAUUAUAAUUUUUAA